CUUCUUGGGAGUGAAAUUCACUACUCCACCAAAGGCUUUGCCACCUCUGCAGGAGACCAGCCAGUCCUGAAGGUGUCACCAGCAGCCACCACUGAGCCAUGGCUGAAGGGGAAAUCACAACCUUCACAGCCCUGACGGAGAAGUUCAAUCUGCCUCCAGGGAACUACAAGAAACCCAAACUGCUCUACUGUAGCAACGGAGGCCACUUCUUGAGGAUCCUUCCUGAUGGCACAGUGGAUGGGACAAGAGACAGGAGCGACCAACACAUUCAGCUGCAGCUCAGUGCGGAAAGCGUGGGGGAGGUGUAUAUAAAGAGUACCGAGACCGGCCAGUACUUGGCCAUGGACACCGACGGGCUUUUAUAUGGCUCACAGACCCCAAAUGAGGAAUGCUUAUUCCUGGAAAGGCUGGAGGAAAACCAUUACAACACGUACACAUCCAAGAAGCAUGCAGAGAAGAAUUGGUUUGUUGGCCUCAAGAAGAACGGAAGCUGCAAACGUGGUCCUCGGACUCACUAUGGCCAGAAAGCGAUCUUGUUUCUCCCACUGCCUGUCUCCUCUGAUUAGAGAAAUCUGUUCUGGGUGCUGACCACUCCAGAAGAGCCUUGAGGGGUCCUCACCUGAUUGACCCCCAAAUGUCCCCUUGAUCAUUGGCUGCGCUAACCCCCAGCCCACGGAGCCUGAAUUUGUAAGCAAUGCGCUUCUAAAUGCCAGUUCCCUUUUUUUUAAGAGCCCUUUACCCUAGCUCAGUUUGGAACAGAGGGACCAAAUUGCUUCCAGGGGUGGCUGGCAGGCCAGUCUGAGUCCAGGUUUGGAGGUUCAGUUGCCGCAGGGCACCUGCAGUAGGCUGAGCCUCUCAGUGCAAGGUGGGGCCAAAUGAAGUGUGUUCCGGGGUUUGCCAAGUGGCCGUAGGUGACUGCAUAGCAUUUUCCUGCUGCUGAGUAAACCCCAGCUGCCGGUCCCCCAAA